AUGCCCAGAGACUUACCACCGAAUUACUGGCCAAUCAGUUUGCUCGCCACAAUGGAUAAAAGCUACAAAUUUUUCAGGACACAUUUAAUAACGUUUUAUAGUCCAAAUAAAGUAACGCUUGUGGGCAAGAUGCGUUCCGUGACACUAAAGGAUGUCGAACAAGAUAAGGUCGUUAAGACCGUAGCAGCUCAUUUGAAAAAAACUGGCAAAGUUAAGGUGCCAGAGCACAUGGACUUGGUGAAGACUGGUCGCUUUAAGGAGCUUGCCCCCUAUGACCCUGACUGGUUCUAUGUUCGUUGUGCUGCAGUACUCCGCCACAUUUACAUCCGUUCUCCAGUUGGAGUUAAGACAGUCACUAAGAUUUUUGGUGGCCGUAAACGUAAUGGAGUCACUCCUUCACACUUCUGCAGAUCAUCGGGUAGCAUUGCCCGCAAGGCUUUGCAGGCUCUUGAAGCCCUGAAAUUAGUGGAGAAAGUACCUGACGGUGGCCGUAUUCUCACAUUUCAAGGGCGACGCGAUCUUGACAGAAUCGCCGCACAAGUACGUCAAAAAGCCAAGCAGCAAGCAAAACAGAGUGUGAUUGUACUG